AUAAUGAAAUAAAGAGGAGAAAUCGAAACUCCAGAGAAGUCAAAUGCAAAGCAUGAAAGAAGAUUACGAGACUGAAGAGAAAAAACAAGCCGCUGCCGAUGUACUGUUUCAAUAUUCAAAAUUUGCAAUGGCAUGCAUAGGAAACCAAGUCCGACCUUGUGAUCUGAGGCUGCAUUUGAUGAAGGAAAUAUCAGGGCUGCCAACUUCCCUGAAGAGAGCUUCAUCCCAAGUUGCUGCUUCUCCUGAUUCAAUGGGCGAGUCAUCAAGCUCAGGUACAUCAAGACUUGAUAAGAAAGCUGAUAAAGCUGAUAUAUGAGGUGAAUUGAGAGCGAUUCUCAUAUCACUUGAAGCACCAUUAUAAUUUUUGAAAGUUUCAAGUUAUACGUAAACUGUGUGCUUCUUAUCGUACUAGAUUCUUAAUGCAACUUCGGAUGUUCCGAAGAUGUUUGAUGGUAGAAAAAUUGUUUAGAUUGUUUGGUAUAAGUGGCAUUUCUGUGUACAAUGACGAUGACAAAUAAAGCAUUUGUUGCUUGAAAGUUGUCUUCAAUAUACUAAUAGAAUCAUGACACCGUCAUCAUCAAUCAAUCAUCUUAUGGGGAGAAUGCAAUGAAGCUCAUUUGAUU